AUGCUGCCGGUGACGCACGUGGCCAUAAGCCCCACGCUGUCGGACGUGGCCACCGUGCACCGCACCGCCCCCGCCCGCGCGCCCCGCGCCCCCCGCCGCCCCCGCGACAGCCUGGAUACCGAGCCGGACGAGCGAGGGGACGCGUCGUCCGAAGAAGAUUUCACGGCGUCGUACGAGCGAGACGAGCCGGACAAGUAUCAGUCCAUCAUUAGAGUGCACACGGUCAACGCGCGGUUUGUCGGCAGCGUGCGCGUGCCGGAGGUGGUGGAGUGCGCGUGCUACUCGGGCGCGCCGGAGGGCGUCAGCGUGAACGUCAUCGCGGCCGGCACGCGCGCCGGCGCCCUGCGCCUCUACUCCUCCUGGGACCUGCGCCCGCUGCCGCCGCGCGCCGCGUCCGCCGCCCCCGCCGCCCCCGCCACCGCGCCCCCGCGGGCCCCAGCGCCGCCGCUCCUCGGGUUGUCGUACAGCUCGGACUCGCAGGUGCUGUUCGGGUGGUACGGCGACGGGUCGGCGGUGGCGUGGGAGAGCGACCCCUCCAAGCCCGCGCCCCGCAUCGUCCCCGCCCACGCGCUGCUGUGA